AUGGCUCCCAUUAAUCCAGAUACUCCAGUGUCACUAUCAUAUCCUGCACCCGCCGUGCCAAUACCGACCAAGACAUGGCAUACUUACUUUUCCUACGGUAUAGGCCACACAGAGUACGACACCAUUAAAGGGCAGCAGAACGCGUGCAUCCGAACACUUCGACAAGAAAGAAAGAUAAAGACCCAGUGGUUCUUGAAACCACCCGCCGCUGAAGGCAUGCCGCAACUAGGUGCCAACUACGAAUCUUCCACGCAAAGUGCAACAUUUCCGUAUCCAGAAGCUUUUAAGAAAGUCAUGUUUCCAGCGACUUCUGUCCCUCGACGUGAUGAGGAACAUGGAAAUUCGGGUAGUGAUUUGGCUGAGCAUCGAAGUCCAAGACCAUCAGGAGCAGGGAAGAUCAAGAAAAAGAGUUUCUUUUCGACACCCGUUUUCGGCGUGUCACGUACUACAGCAAUUGAGGUCGAGUCACGGAUCCAGCCGACAUAUGUCGUUUUGGGCAUAUUUCCACGCGGCGCUCUCAAUCCCAAGGAAAGAAUUGUGUUCAUCGAUGGACCAGAGCAAUUCUUCUCAAAGCUCAGUUGGGCGACCUUUCGUCUACGCGGGAUGAGAGGAACACUGUUAUCGUUAAAGCAUCUCGCGGGAUUUAGAUUAUACAAGUGCGACGUCAACACUGGAGCGCAUACCCGAGUAAAUGUAGAUGCCAAUGGAGUUGGUGACUUGUAUCUCCUAUUGAGUACAUACAAAAGCUGGCACAUCCCCCGACACAUCUCUCGAGCAUGGGCAGAUUGGAUCCAUCGUACCCUUAACGACGGGCAACUUGACGUACUACAAGGUGAAUACGCUCUUGAACUGGUUCUAGACUGGUCGAUUACGCGCAUCUCAAUUGUGGUCUUAGUACCAGUCCUACUGAGUCUGGCUAUCGGAAUAUGGCUCAACGCAAAGGCUUGGACGGAUCUUGCGACGAUACAGACCGCUUGGGGUACUGCUUCAUACAUUGUAACUGCUGGGGCAUUACUAGCAGCAAUGUUGGGAUUCUUGGAUAUCGCGGACAAAUAG